UUUUGACUUAUUUGACUUUCAUUUUAACCGGUAACGUCGCCGUUACCAUCAGUUUGUCACUCCCGAAGCGCGAACGAACAAACCAACCUUCUUCUCUAGUCUCCUCCGCCACUCAAAUGGCGCGUUGCGUCCCACGCGCCACCCUGAUAUCCACCGCGUCAUUUCCGAAACUGGUCGUCCCUGGCAGAACGAAUCGCGUCGAGGCCUCGAAAUCUGCGCUAUUCGGCCGGAAACUCCACGCGCUGUGCCGUUACGAUCGGAGAGACGCUGCGAGGCCAUUGGUGAGGACGCGAGUCUUCGCUGGGCAGAAGGAGAAGGAGCUCCAGGUCAAUGUGAGCGUUAGCAUCGAACAAGGUUUGCCUGAGGAUCACGAAAUAUCGAGGAUUGCCGAAUUGCUUAGGCUAAAUGUUCGAACUGCAUUGAACCUAGCGUUUGGUGGAUUGAAAGAUUCCGGUGGUGGUUUUGAAAGCGCGGAGCUUUCGGUGAUUCUGUGCAAUGAUGAGUUUAUGAGAAAACGUAACAAGGAAUCGAGAGACGAGGACCGUGCUAUUGGUGUUGUUUCCAAGUCCAAGCAUGUGUCUGGUCUUAAGAUUCCAAAUGUUGUGUUGGGUGACAUUGUGAUUUCUGUUGAGAUGGCGGCGAGGCAAGCAGAGCAAAGAGGCCACACACUUCUUGAUGAGAUGCGCCUUCUCAUGGUGCAGGGAUUGUUACAUUUAUUGAGAUCUGAUCAUGAGAUCAGUAAAGAGGCUACAGGGGAAAUGGAGAAGGAGGAGGAACGUCUUUUAGACAGUCUUGGGUGGAAGGGGAAAAGAAUGGUUGCAUCUGAUGCUGAAACCCAUCCAAAAGCCAACGAGGGGAAAAGAUGGAAGAAAGAAGGCAGCCUCCGACUUUAUAAACCAAAGUUCAAAUAUGUGUUCUGUGACAUGGAUGGAACCCUCCUCAACAGCAAAAGUCAAUUGAGUUCAACCACUGCCAGGGCUCUCAAAGAAGCCUCAUCAAGGGGUGUGAAAAUAGUGAUUGCCACGGGUAAAGCUCGUCCAGCUGUGAUGCGUGUCUUUAAGAUGGUAGAUUUAGCUGGAAAAGAUGGUAUUGUUUCAGAAUUUUCUCCUGGGGUUUACUUGCAGGGAUUGCUGGUUUAUGGAAUUCAAGGUCAGGAAAUUUGUAAAAGGAAUCUAGAUCCAAAUGUCUGCAGAGAGGCAUGUCUUUACUCAUUGGAGAAUAAGGUUCCUCUCAUUGCAUUCAGCAAGGACCGGUGCUCGAGUCUGUUUGAUCACCCAUAUGUUGAUGCUAUGCAUACUGUAUAUCAUGAGCCAAAGGCAGAGAUCAUGCCUUCAGUUGAGCAGUUCUUGGCUGCUGCUGACAUACAGAAACUGGUCUUCAUGGACACUGCUGAGGGAGUAUCUACUGCUCUGAGGCCGUAUUGGUCAGAAGCAACUGGAGAUCGUGCCACAGUUGUUCAAACUGUGCCGGACAUGCUUGAACUUGUUCCCCCAGGAACCUCAAAAGGUAUUGGAGUAAAGAUGUUGCUUGAUCAUUUGGGAAUCACUGCAAAGGAGAUCAUGGCUAUUGGUGAUGGGGAGAAUGAUGUUGAGAUGCUUGAGCUGGCUGGUUUGGGCAUUUGUCUCAGUAAUGGAUCAGAGAAAACAAAAGCUGUGGCGAAUGUAAUCGGUGCCAGCAACGACGAAGAUGGUGCUGCUGAUGCAAUCUACCGCUAUGCAUUGUGAGCUUCAAUUCAACCAAAACAAGAACAGCAAUAUAAACAGCUUAAUAGUUACGAUGAGGCUUUCAACCCUCCUGAAGAUUCUUGACAGUUUAAAACGAUCCCAUUAUUUUCUCUGUUAAAAAGAACUGCUAGUGAUUCUAGCUACAGAGAUGGAGAUCUUAUUCUUUCUAUUCAAAAGAGCUUUGUACAUGUAUCCAUGGAGGAGCAGAAACCUACAUUACAAUGGAGAUUUUUUGUUUUUUGGAUUU